AUGGUCGCACAACAACACGGGCACGGCCGUUAUGGCUAUCAGGAGAUGCAGAACAAUUCACAGCAGCACAUGUACCCGUCCAUUGACGACACCUACCGGCGCAUGGACUCGAACUCUGGCAUGGUGACAAUGUUGAUCCCCUCCGAACCGAACACCAACCACUGGCAGGCGCACUACGAGCAGCAGGCGUGGCACGAUCAACCGAGUGGAUCUUCAGCUCGUUCGAACGAGCUGUACUCUUAUCACUCGGAUCGUCACCGCUCGACAGGGGGAAGCUCUUCUUCGGGCUCAUCGGUGCUGCGAUCCUCACACUACGACGUGCAAAAUCAGCAUGCCGCCUCUGGGCUUGUUUACGCCCCUUACGACCCUUCUGCGCUCGAUCCGCACAUGGGGCCUCAUCAGGGCCGUGCACCACCCACACCGCCACUUCAAACCCAUCAUCCUGGGCCACAUCUGUCUGUGCACCAUGCAUAUUCAUACUCAGCCGGGGACCCAAGUCCACCUGGCUCGGCUCGUUCACUCGGUGAAUAUACUGCGCUGCCGCAUCACAUGCGGUCGGAUGGCGUCGAAGGACACCAUUCUCGCGCGACACGGUCCGAGUCAUGGCCGGGCUCCUUUACAAACCAGCAACACUCUCAGGAUCAAGACCAUCACAUUUAUGAGGAAGUGGGGAAACUCGCUACGUCGUAUGCGAUGUCGGAUUCUUGCCCUCCACAGUCCCGUCCAAAGUCGACAUCGCCGCACGAACACUGGCAGUACGAGAAAGAUCAAUCGCCUCAUACCUUCGCACCUUCAUUGUGGUCAUCCGAUCUGCUUGCGACACAGCAUCAGCGAUAUCCGACGCAGCAGAUGAAAUCGGUUCACUCAUCUGCGCAAGACGAUCUCGUCGGUGGCCUUGCGCAACGAUGGCAGUGGAACGCACAGUUCGACUUGCACCUUCAACCGCAACCGCAACUGCAACCGCAUCCGCAACCGCAGUCUCAAGAACAACGUCAGUAAAGACUGCGUCCGAUUAUCUGCUUUGCUUUGACCGAUUACUGACGAUAUUGAGAAUGCGUGAUCGGUUCCGCCCACAGGCUAUUCGAUGCGGGGAUCCUCCUUUCGUUCUGGCGAAAACCAGGAGGAGCCCACUCCUCCUCCCGUCAAAGAAGAGCGCACUGCUCCUGGUGGGGAGCAAACGAAGAGUCGCGCUUGGUGGACUCCCAACUCCUCGGCGAAUGAUGCGGCUUCGAGCACAAGUGGUAAGUCAAGGAAGGUGAAGCUUCCAGUCAAGUUUUCGUGUGAGAGGCUCACAUACGUCGCUUUUGUGCGCAGCUUCGACAGACGACCGACCGGAUUCGUUUUCUGGCCAACUGCGGAAGCUCAAGGGCAAAAUGAAGACUCGCAAGGCCAAAGGGAAUAUGCGAUUGGCCUCCGAGGAGAACGAGCCUAGAAGCGAGGGCGAGGCCGAAAGUGACGGAGAGAUCGAGGGAGAGGGUGAGGGCGAAGGUGAGGGCGAAGAGGAUGAGGAAGAGAGCGAGACCAUUUCUGCCAACGAUUCGGAUGGGAAGCUGCGUCGACGAAAGAUCAGUGAAGCAUCUCGUGAAUAUGCUCAGCGCCGCUAUCGCUGCGAGAUGUGUGUUGGCGAGCCACGAAUGUUUGCUCGUCCAUCCGCGCUCAGGAUACAUAUGGUCAGCACCAGGAGAUUUUGAAGCCUCAGCUAGCAUAUGAAACAGCACUGAUCGGAGAUUGCCACUGCUCACCGUCUUUCUGCACCUCUCCCGCUCCUCAGCUGACACACUCCAAACUCAAGCGUAAGAUUGUCGGAUCUGCUCCACCUACGUGAGCAUAGAGAUCUAGCAGCUCACACACACCGCUUGUAUCUUACAGCACACUGCUGCCCCGAGUGUAAUCGCUGCUUUAGCAUCCCGAGCAAUCUCACUCGCCAUCGUAAACUGCAUUUGGCGCCACCCCAUAACCGAGACGAGGACGGCGGCGUGCGCAAUGUACGCAGGGUGAGUGUGUGAGCGAGUCGCUCAGAGUCGGGUGCGUUUUAUUUACUCCGAAUAUAUGCUAAACCCGAUAUUCCGCUUUUGACAGAGUGCCCUCGAGCCCCACGAGGUGAAAUGCUUCCUCUUCUCGGAACAGAUCAGCACGCUGCAGAGCACGGUGUUGACCACGCCGAUGCUCUAUAAAUGCUCGCAGGUUGACGUAAGCCUAUAUACCCCCGCGCCCUCGUUAGGGGAAGAGCUUUGCGGGGAGGGAUAA